AAAUAUAAAAUAUAAAUGAGUGUUUGAAAGGUAAAUAAUCUGAAAUAUCCUCUCUAUAAAAUCUAUUUGAAAUAACGAAAAAAUUUACUCUCUUAAGUAAAGAUGAACAGCUGGAACUCCUGCGAAUAAGCCUAAAGAUCCAUACAUAAGUCCUUUAAUUUUUCUCCACUUUUCAGUAUGUAUAAAAUCAAAAAUAGAAACAAUAUAAGCUGCCAAACAAGCAGAUCCUACAGUAAUCAGAUAAAAGUAUCUCAAAAAUGUAUCACAAUAAAAUCCAUAAUAAAAUGGAGGGAAACAGGAACCCAAAAUUAGCAGUGAAAUACCACCAUAAUCAACUCUCAUAAGAUAUCUAUUAGCUGCUUCGCUCAUUUAAUAAAAAAGAUGGAAUAAUGCUGAACCAAUCAUACACAUCAAACCACUGAUCAAAAAUACAACUAUGGGCCAUCUUGAAACAUGA